AUGGCGGCGACGGUGCCGCCAGCAAACGAUGAGCCGGGCAAAUUCGACCCGCCUGUAGAUCCGGCCGACAGUGAUCUUGAUGCGGAGGGAGAGGAGGAAACCGACUUGUAUGCGAUGGACCAGCAGCUGCAGAAUGCUGUUCACCGAGCAUACACUGGCGAAGCCGACGGCGAUGGCCUGGACGAUGCUGCGAAUGGGGACACAUCGCGCAGCCGUGCCUUGAAUGAAGACGGCGACGCCGAGCCUGGCUACAACGAUUAUGCGGAGCCUGUUGGGGCAGUGAAGCUCCCCGACGGGGAGGCAGCCUCGGAUGAAGAGUAUGCGGAAUCUGAGGCUGGCGAUGCCGACCCGGUAUUCCAACAAAAUAAACGUGAUGCUUCGGAUGUCGACUCAACGGACCAUGAGUCAGAAGCAGAAGACUGGGAGGCGGAGAGUAACGGUCGUGAGGACGCCGAGGCUGAUAUCCGGAGUCGCGCGAACUGUUUAUUUUGCACCCAAGAUGAGGAGCAUGACCCAAGUGAAGAUUUUGAGGAGUGGCUCACCUGCCUAGUUUGUGGUGAUCACUCCCAUCGGCAAUGCGCGCGUGAGCAAGAAGCUUUCAAUGAUUCCGAGGAUCCGUGGCGCUGUCUUAGUUGUAUCAGCAACAACCUGCAACCUGAUCCCAUAGAGCCCGUGGCAGAAACUCAGAGUGAAGUGCCAAAUCUUCCCAAAGAACUGCUGCCUGCACACACUGGCUCGCGCGAUAAACCCUUUCAUACCAUCUUUGACACUGGUGUCAAUGACGAGAUGCUCAACAGUUCUCGAUCGCUCCGAAAGCGUAAGGCUUCUUCCAUUGAGGCUGAAGAACACGUACCCACUCUCCGCAAGCGACUCCGGCGGACUUCUUUCCAUUCUGGGCACCCAGAUCUAAGCGACGCGGCCCUCGAGGGCGGAACUGUUGCUGGCGAUGCUAUCUCGCCUGCUCGGACACGCUCGGUACGCGUCCGACGCACUCGGGCUGUUGACCGAGACCACUGCCGCGUGGUAGCUCAGCAGCCUGGGAAAUUGAUCCUUGGAUUCCGGCUCGAUGAAAGCAAAAUGUCCAAGAUCACAGGUGCACAGAUUCGGCCUCAGCGCAAGAAAAAGAAAGCGCCCAAACCUCCACCCGUGGCGCAAGAGCCUCAGGCACAUUUCGUCCCCCUUCCCCCUGUAUCUUACAACUCCAUCACUCUAUUCGACCGUGAGACCGAUGAUCCCAAAUCCAAGCCAUAUGGAGGCAUACUUUCAGAGGCCGAACAAGACACGUCUAAGACACUCCCAACUCAAUUUGACCGUGACCGGUUUGAGCAGGCUCGCCUGAAGGCCGAAGAGGAGUGGCAGCAGAAGGUAAGAGAAUCGGAGCUCAACGGCGAGGCCACUCCACAUGCAUCGCAAAAAGUCUCAGGCCCACCCUCGAAGAUCAAAUCAAUCAAUUUCGGCGGCUAUGAGAUCGAGACCUGGUACGCCGCGCCCUACCCGGAGGAAUACAGUCGCAACCGAGUUUUGUACAUUUGUGAAUUCUGCCUCAAGUACAUGAAUUCGGACUAUGUCGCCUGGCGUCACAAACUCAAGUGCCCUGCCAAACAUCCUCCGGGUGACGAAAUCUACCGUGAUAAAUCGAUUUCGAUCUUUGAGGUUGAUGGACGAAAAAACCCGGUUUACUGUCAGAACCUCUGCCUCCUUGCGAAGCUUUUCCUUGGCUCCAAAACUCUUUACUACGAUGUCGAGCCCUUCCUUUUCUACGUCAUGACUGAAUUCGAUGAUUUGGGCUGCCAUUUUGUCGGUUACUUCAGCAAAGAAAAACGGCCAAGCUCGGCGAACAAUGUCUCAUGUAUCCUCACUCUCCCCAUUCAUCAGCGCAAAGGCUACGGAAACCUCCUUAUCGACUUUUCAUAUCUUCUCACCCGCAUCGAAGGCAAAAAUGGCUCGCCUGAGAAGCCAUUAUCGGACAUGGGUUUGGUGUCAUAUCGGAACUACUGGCGACUGAUCUUGUCUUACCAACUCCGUGACCUGACUGGCGUGAUCAGCAUCGCAGAUAUCUCCGAUCGAACUGGAAUGACAGCAGAUGAUGUUGUCUCUGCCCUAGAGGGACUUCGAGCGCUGGUUCGGGAUCCUAUCACCAAGACCUACGCCAUUCGUCUCGAUCACAAGUACUACGAGGAGGUCAUCAGUGGCUGGGAAAGCAAGGGCUAUGUUCAGCUCAACCCAGAUGCACUUCUUUGGACGCCUUACAUCAUGGGUCGCAGCAAUCAAACCCACUUUGAUCGGGCUCCCCUCCAUGCCGUCGCUCCUCGUGAUGAUCCUGACGAAGAGGACGAUGAUGAGUUGGGAGGAAAGGCGACUUUGGACGAGGCUAAUACCAUAGCACUCAAUGGGGCAGGCGCAGAUUCCUUUGCGGACUCUGCCGGCCCGCCUUCCACUACAGCCCUCCAGCCCAAUGGCUCUCACCACUCUACGACAGACAACUCCGAACCUCUCACUGUGCCCAACCCCGCAGCGGGUAUUCCUCCCUCUCGGUUUGAACUUUGGCCCCCUGUACCCACCGCGGCGCCUCCUAAGCGCAAACCCGGCCGACCAUCCGGCAGCUUCAAAUUCAACAACGCGUCAAUCACCCCCACUAUCUCCCGCCAAAGUGGUCGUGGCACCCCUCGACGACCCUCCGCUUUGGCAACGCUCACUCCUGGCGGCAGUGUUCGUCGGGGACGGAGCUCCAUUCUCACUGAAUCACCUGCGGCUGAGGUGAUACCCUCCCUGGCCAACGGGAUCGAAUUAAAACAAGACGAAGGUGUCGAAGAAGAGGCAGUGAUUGACGAACCGGUCAAUGACGCCAGCCCUGCUCUUGGUGAAGCCUUGGGCUUGAACGGAAAAGAGCCAAAGGCCACAAGCAGCAACAGCGUCACAGACAAACCAGUUGAGACUAAUGGCGAUGAGUCGGCCAAUGUUUAUGUGGAGCCCUCCGAACCUGAGGCGCCACCCAAAACCCCCGAGAAAAAAAUAAAGAAGCCUUCGCGAUCUCCGGAUACGGCACUCUCCCGUCGUACCAGCGAGAACGCCAGAACUCCUCGGUCGGUCAAUCGCAAAGCCUUGGUCGAAAAAGUUCAAGUUGUGAUCCCCGCCGAGCCGGGCUCUGCCUCCAAGUCACCAGGCAACGGCGCAAAAGAGAUUCCAGCAACGAAUGGCAUUGGCGCAGAUGAGGAUGCCGAUGCUGAUGCCGACGCCGACGCUGAAUAUGACGCCGAGUACGAAGUUGACGGGGAUGUCGCGAUGCAAACAUGA